UGGCAACGCCAAAGCCAGAUUGUUUAUAUUGCUUGCGAGCCAUAUUUCAUAUUUUAUAUUAAAUUUUACGGCCUUUGCUAUGCAGAUUACAAUCAAAGUACUUAAGGGCCAGGACUGCACAAUCGAGGUGGCGCCGACAUCCACUAUUCUGGAGGUGAAACAACAGAUCGAAGUGGAACUGAAGAUAUCGGCGGCCAAUCAAAAGUUACUGCUACUAGGACGACCCUUGAACAAUGAACAGACAAUUGCAUCCUAUCCUAAUAUCAAAGAGGGCACCAAGCUUAAUCUGGUGGUGAUGAAACCCUGCCUGAGGGACGGCAUCCUGCGGGGAUUCCGGAAGCACUACCCGGAAAGCCAGGCGGAACGUCUGACCAACGAGUUUAUGGCCGAUUUCGAGAGGAAAAUCAACGAACAGAGCCUGGAUGAUUUGGAGCGACUGGCGGAUAGUAUAGUCAGCAGGGCCGGCACAUAGCCUUACUAGGAACACAAACAAAUUGCCCCACCACCCCCAAAUGUGACGAGAGUCUAUCCCCAACCUAUUGUUUUUAUUUCCCCCCAAAAAAUGAAAUAGUAAAAAUUAAGACUUGACUGAA